AUGCAAACCUCGGAUGCGUCCAGCAUCCCGAACAGUUCGCGUUUGAUACCUCCUGGCUCCAAAUACCUCAACGGCGACACGGGCUUUUCCCACGGCGCGUAUAAUUCCAACCAUCCCAAUCAAGGCUUCUCCAAUCGAAACGGUCGUCGCGCCAAUAUCCCCUCGAUCAACACCGCUGCCGCCGGUCAAACCGCCGACAUGGCCUCCGGUGCCGGCUUCGAUAUGAACUACACUCCCCUCCUCCCGUCGCAGCUGCUCGUUGGCAGUCCCUUUCAACCCGGAACCCCGUCGGCCUUUGCCUCUCCCCAGUUUGCCAACUUCGGCGGCUUCCCGCAAGCCAAUGCCAAUGGACACGCGCAGAACUCCCAGAACCAUCAGCUCGGCAGCCCGACCCAGGGCAUGCAGAACCCCGGAAUGUUCCCGGGAAUGAUACAGACGGAUGGGUUGGGCGCGUCGCACCUGCUGGGCCCCCAGUCUCCCAUCAACGGAAUGGGCGGCCUCGGCAACGCGGCUUUGGGCAGCCCGGCGGCCUCAGUGACACCCGGAAUGUUGUCGGGCACCAGUCGCACAGUCUAUCUGGGGAAUAUCCCGGCUGAAACGAGCGCCGAGGAAAUUCUGAACCAUGUGCGCAGUGGCCAGAUCGAGUCGGUGCGCCUGCUCCCCGAUAAGAACUGCGCCUUCAUCUCCUUUCUCGACAGCAGCUCCGCCACCCACUUCCACUCCGAUGCCAUCUUGAAGAAGCUGGCCAUCAAGGGCAAUGAUAUCAAGGUCGGCUGGGGCAAGCCCUCGCAGGUGCCGACCUCCGUGGCGCUCGCGGUCCAACAGUCCGGGGCGUCGCGCAAUGUUUACCUGGGUAACCUGCCGGAAGAGACCGCCGAGGAUAACCUGCGCGAAGAGCUCGGCAAGUUCGGCGCUAUUGACACUGUCAAGAUUGUGAAGGAAAAAGCCAUUGGAUUCGUGCACUUCCUGUCGAUCAGCAACGCCAUGAAGGCCGUUACCCAAAUGCCCCAGGAGGCUCAAUGGCAGGCCCCCAAGCGCGUCUUUUAUGGUAAGGACCGAUGCGCAUACGUGUCCAAGACGCAGCAGCAGAAUGCCGCCCAGUUCUUGGGUAUCGCGCCGGGCUAUGCUCAUGUUCUGAACUCGGCCGAUCGCGAUUUGAUCUCCAACGCGCUGGCUCAACAGUCGGUCGCGGCGGCCGCCGUUGCGACCACUGCUGGCGGUGUCAACAAUCUGGGCAACCGCACCAUCUACCUUGGAAACAUCCACCCCGAAACCACCAUCGAGGAGAUCUGCAACGUCGUGCGCGGCGGCCUUUUGCACCACAUCCGCUAUAUCCCCGACAAGCACAUUUGCUUCGUGACCUUCAUCGACCCGACCUCCGCCGCCUCCUUCUAUGCUCUGAGCAACCUGCAGGGCCUGAUGAUCCACAAUCGACGAUUGAAGAUCGGCUGGGGAAAGCACUCUGGUCCUCUCCCGCCGGCCAUUGCACUGGCUGUCAGCGGUGGCGCUUCCCGAAACGUUUACAUUGGAAACUUGGACGAGGCUUGGGCCGAGGAGCGUCUGCGUCAGGACUUCUCGGAGUAUGGCGAGAUUGAGUUGGUGAACACCCUACGCGAGAAGAGCUGCGCGUUUGUCAACUUCACGAACAUUGCCAACGCCAUCAAGGCGAUCGAAGGCAUGCGCAACCGUGAGGAGUACCGCCGAUUCAAGAUCAAUUUCGGCAAGGAUCGUUGCGGUAACCCGCCGCGCCAGGCCGGUAACCACUCCAACUCCCAGCAGGGUCGCAACGGCCAGGGCUUGGAAGGACCCCAGUCGCCUACACCCGCCAUCAAUGGAUUCCAACAGCCCCUCAGCCAGUCCGGCUCUCAGUCAAGCCCGACUCGCCCUGCCCUGUCGCCCGCCCCUGGCUCCACUGGAUCACAGAACGGACAGCAGCGUCACCCGCUGCAAACCGUGUCUUCUCCCUCGGGUGUGCUGAACGUGGGUUCGAACAACCCACUGACCAUGUACCUGAACCAGAUGUCCGCGCAACAGUCGCAGGACCAGGAGAACAGUCUCCGCGACCCAAUGGCCCUGACUGGCCUGCAAGCUCAGUCCCAGGCACCGCAACAGUCUCUCUAUAACGGCACUACCACCGGCGAGCUUUCCAAUGGAAACAUUGACGCUCCGCUUCACCAACACAAGUCCUCUGCCAACGGCUACCUGAGUGUCGGCUCUGGCAAUUCUGGUCCUGGCCAUCACUCUACCGCCAGUACCAGCAACCUGAGCGUGCCCCGUGCCUCGCACUCUCGCGCUGUUAGCCUGCCAUCAUUCUCGCAGGAGCCUUUCGGCCCCGUCUCCGGCCAGAGCGGUCACAUCCGCACCGGUACCACCCAUCAGCCCCAGAGCAGCUUCUCGAGCUUCUCGUCUGCCCUCGGUGGAUUGAACCACUCGGGCUUUGGACUUGCCAUUCAAAACGAGAACUCCCUGCCUGGCUGGGCCGAAGAGGAGAUCGGAGCUAAAUAA